AAGGUUUUAUUAUUAUAAGAACAUGGUGCAAUGGCCACGUUAGCUAGUUCUGCUCUCACUCUCAUCACUCUUACUCGUUCUUCUUCUUCUUCUUCUCAUUACUCUAAGUGCUUAUUCAACCAUUUCUCUUCCAAAACACACCAUCAACGAAGUCGUUUUUGCUCCUUCAACACCUCCACAACAAAGACAAUGGCUUCUUAUACACCCCCCUCAGAAUCCGAUACAAUCACUACUGCCCCUUAUGGCUCUUGGAAAUCACCCAUCACUGCUGAUGUUGUCUCCGGAGCUUCCAAGAGACUUGGUGGCACUGCUGUUGAUGGACGUGGUCGUCUCAUUUGGCUUGAAUCACGUCCAACUGAAUCAGGACGGGCGGUUCUUGUUCUUGAGCCGGAAAAUCCAGGGGGUGAGGCUGUGGAUAUUACUCCAAAGGAGUUUGGAGUCAGAACAUUGGCUCAGGAAUAUGGUGGUGGUGCUUUUACUGUUGCAGGAGAUGUUGUGUUUUUUGCAAAUUAUAAGGAUCAGAGAUUAUACAAACAAUCCAUCACUUCUCUCGAUGUGCCUCCUAUACCUCUCACUCCGGAUUAUGGUGGACCAGUUGUAAGCUACGCAGAUGGAGUGUUGGAUACACGCUUUAACCGUUUUAUUGCUGUAAGGGAAGAUCGUAGGGAGAGCAGUCAAAAUCCACCUACAACUAUUGUAUCUAUAGCACUUGGGAGCAAGGAUGAUCACGAACCAGAAGUACUAGUCGGUGGGAGCGACUUCUAUGCUUUCCCACGUCUAGGCCCUAAAAGUGAAAAAAUAGCAUGGAUACAGUGGAGUCACCCUAAUAUGCCGUGGGAUAAAUCAGAACUUUGGGUUGGCUAUAUUUCUGAAAAUGGAGAGAUCUACAAGCGUGUUUGUGUAGCUGGGAAUGAUCCUUCAGUUGUGGAGUCUCCAACUGAGCCCAAGUGGUCCUCUGAUGGGGAACUUUUUUUCAUCACGGAUAGGGGAAGUGGUUUUUGGAAUCUCCAUAAAUGGAUUGAGUCAGAAAAUAAGGCCGUGCCUGUUUAUUCUUUGGAUGCCGAGUUCGCUAGGCCACUAUGGGUUUUUGGUAUGAAUUCUUAUGAAUUCGUGAAAAGUCCUAAGCAGAGAAACUUAAUUGCUUGCAGUUACAGGCAGAAGGGAGUGUCAUAUCUUGGUAUUAUUGAAGAUGCGCAGGGCUCAAACCUAAGCGUGCUUGAUAUCCCUUUCACAGAUAUCGAUAACAUUACUUCUGGUACUGAUUGCCUGUUUGUCGAAGGAGCAUCUGCAGUUCUUCCAUCAUCAGUGGCCAAGGUGGCUUUAGAUGACAAGAAAUCAAAAGUGGUUGACUUCAAUAUUAUUUGGUCCUCAUCACCGGAUAGUUUAAAAUAUAGUUCGUACAUCAGUAAGCCAGAGUUGAUCGAAUUCCCAACUGAAGUUCCUGGUCAAAAUGCUUAUGCAUACUUUUAUCCACCAUCUAAUCCUACAUACCGAGCCAUUGAAGGGGAAAAACCUCCAUUAUUAUUGAAGAGCCAUGGAGGACCAACAGCUGAAACACACGGAAUUUUAAAUUUGAGCAUUCAGUACUGGACUAGUCGUGGUUGGGCAUUCGCUGAUGUUAAUUAUGGUGGAAGCACUGGUUAUGGCAGGGAGUACAGAGAUCGGCUUUUAGGACGCUGGGGAAUAGUGGAUGUCAAUGACUGUUGCAGUUGUGCUACAUAUUUGGUGGACAGCGGAAAAGUUGACGGGGAGCGGCUUUGUAUAACAGGGGGCUCUGCCGGUGGAUAUACCACCUUAGCUGCACUUGCUUUUAAAGAUACUUUUAAGGCUGGGGCUUCUUUGUAUGGUGUAGCUGACUUGAAGUUAUUGGUAGAAGAAACUCAUAAGUUUGAAUCUCACUACAUUGAUAAUCUAGUUGGAGGUGAGAAGGCGUGGUUUGAAAGAUCCCCAAUCAAUCACGUUGAUAAAUUUUCUUGUCCCAUUAUUUUAUUUCAAGGAUUGGAGGACAAGGUUGUGCCGCCGAGUCAAGCUCGUGAAAUUUACCAGGCAUUGAAGAAAAAAGGUGUGCCCGUUGCUCUUAUUGAGUAUGAAGGAGAACAACAUGGUUUCCGAAAGGCUGAGAACAUCAAGUAUACACUUGAACAACAAAUGCUUUUCUUUGCGCGACUGAUUGGGCGCUUCAAUGUUGCUGAUGAUAUUACUCCCGUCAAAAUUGAGAACUUUGAUUGAGAAUGACUUUUCUAGAGGAAGUUCUGCUAGAACAAUUGCACCGAUGAUGGUCUCCUGCCACAGCACCAUUUUGCCAAGAGUGUAGUUUCUACUACAUAUCCUCAAAUCUUGUUUAGUUCUAAAUCUGGUUUAUGAUUAUGAUCUCUUAUCUUGAUCAUGUUCAGGAAAUAUGGCAUGUAUUUGUUGUCUAGAAUAUUAUUCCUGCAUAAAUAAAGUAGGUGGUAAUGAAUCAUAAUCCAUAAUGCUCUGAAAUAUUUUGCUCACAAAGUUGCAAUAAUGAUACUCUGCAUUUGUUUUCUGUAA